AUGGAAGAAGGAAGGCAAUACAGAAUGGAUCGUCAAUUGUUCUUAGCUGCUUCAAAUUGUGAUUUAAAAUUCUUUGAGAAAUUGACAGAUCCCAUUAGUAGUACCCUUUUCCAAGUGACAACUGAGAAGAACACUGUUCUUCAUGUUGCACUGCAAUACAAAAAAUUUGAGCUUGCGGAAAAGAUAGUUAAUUUAAGUCCAAGACUUGUGUAUGAAAAAAACUCCAAAGGCAAUACUCCGCUACAUGUUGCUGCGAUGGUUGGAACUUCUUCACUAGUAAGCCUCCUAAUAGACCAUGCCAAAAAGUUGGAUAUUGAAUCAGGUGGCGGACAGCUUCUGGGUAUGUUGAGUCUAUACGGAGAUACAACCUUGCACGUUGCUGUGCGAUAUGGUAAGUUUGAGAUUGUGAAAGUACUAAUUAAGGAGGAUCCAGAGUUGGCUAUGUGUGUAAACAAUGCUGGGGAAUCCGCACUGUUCCUUGUUGUGGAUAAACAACGCUAUGACAUGGCUUCUCAUGUCCUAAGUGUUGCUCCAGACUGCUCCUACGCUGGAAGGCAUGGCAUGAAUGUCUUGCAUGCACUCGUUAUUCACACAAAUACUUAUAUGUGCGAAUUGUUGGACAACAAGGGUCGGAAUGCUCUUCAUGCUGCUGUAGAAAGUGGAGGGUGGAUAGCAAUUGGAUUUUUUAGGAAGAGACCAAAGUUUGAGGGUCUCAUCAACGAAAAGGAUGAAGAAGGAAACACGCCUAUGCAUCUGGCAGCUAUCAAUGGGGAUAUCUUGACUGCAUCACAAUUGGCAGAAGUUAGAGGUGUUGUCUUAAAUGCUACAAACAAGGAGGGCUAUACUCCAUUGGACAAUGUUUUGUUAAGAGAGAAGUUAAACUCCUGGAAAAAGAAAGAAUUGUGGGAGAAGGGCGCUCGACAAAGCCUGAGGGGAGCACUCAUAAAGAUGGGCAUUCGGAAUUUGAAGCCUAGAAGCAAACCAAAACUGGCCGGCGAUGGCGAUGCUAAUGGCGAGGGAAAGUCUGAAUCAGAUUGCUGGAAGCGAGUGAGUGAGACCAAUAUGUUGGUAGCCACACUCAUCGCUACUGUGAGCUUCACGGCAGCUUUCACGGUGCCCGGUGGAUAUAACCAAAACGGAAGUGUGCAUGAGGGCUUGGCAGUACUAAGGAAAACAAGUGCUUUUCGUGUAUUUCUUAUAGCUAAUACUUUAGCUUUUGCUCUUUCUACUAUCUCAGCAUGA